AUGCAGAGUUGGGACCGUAUCAACAAAGCUCUUCCAAAUAUCCAACAUUCAAGGAGUCUCGACUGUCUAGCGGAAGGUGUAUUGGUUGAGGGCUCCCGAGACCCAUGGGAAGAUUGGGAUUUUAAAGGUGACCGGCUAGAGACAUCCGCCUUGGGCGGAAUUUCCUCCUUUGACAAGAGGAUAGACAAAGCAAAGAAAAUAUACGUCCAGGGUCUAUUGGCCGCUCAUCGCGUGCAUCACGGACGUGAUACGCUAUGCGGCCCGUCAGAAGCUGAAGCCGAAGCCUCCCGCUGUUGGUCCGAGGCAUGGCAGGAGGAGGAGGAGUGUCCCCACAAUGUUGGAAACUUUGAUGAUAAAAUGGAUGAGACAGAUGAUACUUCACCGCAGGCUUUCGCUAUGUCGGGGGAGGAAUAUCCUCAAGAUGCCCAAAACCUUGAUGACAUAGAGGAUGAAAAUAGUGGAUUUUCCUCGGGAGAUUCCUCCGCACCGGGGGAGGAAAGUUCUGAGCCUUGGCCAAGUUACCCACCAUAUGAGGAUUCCGGUUCUCAUCAGUUUUACAACGCUGAGAUCGACGAUAAUCAUGUAUACGCUAAUUAUAGUGCCCUAGAAUUCACCGGAGCUCAGGAGUCAUUAUCUUUACGUCAAACGAAAGAUAUCGGCGAAGUGUUUUCAGAGGAACAUCCACCAUCAUCACGCCUAGUUUCAGGAAACGACCUUAAUAGAAAUUCAUCAUCCCAAAUACUAAAUUCUAAAGCGACAGUACCAUCAGAUCAGGGUAUACUCAUAGAAUCGAAAUUACCAAGAAAUUCAACAGGGAAACGUGGUCCAGCAAGGAGACUUCUUGUCACCUCGCGUUCCCGAGCCCGACCCCCAUCAGCACAAAGAAAUAAUACGCCUAUCUUUGGUACACAGGUUGUAGGUUUCUUCCAUUACAAAAAGAAGGAUUAUGCAUAUGGCUAA